AUGUUCGACAUACUCCCCAACCUCCUCACCACCGUCCUAACCAUCCUCCUUCCGAUAUACGCCUCGUACAAAGCCCUCCGUACCUCCGACCCCGCGCAACUAACCCCAUGGCUCAUGUACUGGGUGAUCGUCUCCCUAAUCAACACCGUUGAAUCCACCUUCUGGAUCAUAACCUGGGUCCCCUUCUACGCCUACAUCCGGCUCGCGCUGGGCCUUUACCUCGUCGCGCCAGGCAAGCAAGGCGCCACCUUCCUCUACACCACCUACGUGCACCCCUUCUUCGAGGACCACGAGCGCGAGAUCGACGAGUGGAUCAGCCAAGCCCACGACAAGGCCAAGGCCGCGGGCCUGCAGUACAUGAAGCAGGCGAUCGAGUGGGCGAAAGUCAAUGUGCUGGGCAUGCAGCCGAAGCCGCCGAGCCCGCCGCCCAGCAGGCAUGUGAGCUAUACGCAGGCGCUGCUAUCGCGGUUCAAUCUGCCGUCUGCGAGGGAGGGUCUCGCGGCGCCGGCGGGAGACUUUUAUGCUCUGCUGUCUACGGCGCUGCAGACGACGACGGCUUCAGGCGGCAGCAGGGAUGUGCAGGCUGAAAGCUUGAGCAACAGUGGCACACUGAUACCGUCGCAUCUGGACUCCAUGGAAGACAGGAUGUCCUAUGUCGCAGCACAAAGGGAGAGGCUGCGGGUGCUGCUGCAGGCUUUCGACAACGAGGCGGACAACCUGUCGUCUGGUCCGUCGCGGGAAUCUCCUGAGGAGAGACGUACGGAGGGAAUGGCCAAGAGUAGGAGCGAGCUCGACUUCGACAAGAUCGAGCGCGACGAAGCGGCAGAGGGCAGACGGGGGAGCCGCACGGCCAGUGGUGGGUGGAUGCCGUGGAAUUGGGGUGCAAGAGCUGUGCCGAGUGCGCCAUAUCCGACACGACCAGAGGACCGGCAGGGUAGUGGCAGGUCGACUGGGCUUGAGUAUUGA